GUUUCAAAUCGCCCAUUCUCUCCUCAUCGAAUGAAUCGAAGUAGUAUCCAGCAGUGAGGAUCUAGUCUAUCCGGCUUCAUAAACACACAACACGAAUAGCGGGGCUUUGGUCGAAGUGAGACCGGUUAUCUGUUCAUCAGAGUCAGGCUCUCAUAGAGCUCGGAAUCGGAGAGUGAAUGAGGUUGAUGCUGCUCUGUUGUGACUGGAAGGACGAACGUAUGGGAGAGGAGGAAGCUGGCAGAAGCUUGCCCGUGUGUGCUGGAUGCAGACAGCGGAUCUAUGAUGAACAGUAUCUCCAGGCACUCAACACUGACUGGCACACAGUUUGCUUCAGAUGCUGUGAGUGCAGUGCCUCCCUGUCCCACUGGUACUAUGAGAAGGAGGGCCGGCUCUUCUGCAAGAAGGAUUACUGGGCCAAGUUUGGAGAGCUGUGCCAUGGAUGCAAUGACCCCAUCACCACCGGACUGAUUAUGGUCGCAGGGGAACAGAAGUACCACCCAGAAUGCUUCACCUGUCUGAACUGCAGAGCCUUCAUCGGAGACGGAGACACCUACGCACUGGUGGAGAGGUCCAAACUAUACUGUGGCCUCUGUUACUACCGGACUAUCGUGACGCCGGUGUCCCUUCCAGACUCACCAUGCGCCAGGAUUCCCCACACGGUGACCCUGGUGUCCAUCCCAGCCUCCACAGACGGGCGGAGAGGGAUCUCAGUCGCCAUCAACCAGCCUGUCAGCCCCAAUGGCUACGGCCCCGAACGCACUGUCAGGGUAUCACAGGUGGACUCUGAGUUGAUCAGUCCAGAUGUGAAGAACUCCAUACAUGUCGGAGACCGGAUCCUGGAGAUCAACGGAACACCCAUCAGGAAUGUUCCUCUUGAUGAGAUUGACCUGCUCAUCCAGGAGACCAGUCGUCUGCUCCAGCUGACCAUAGAGCACGACCCCCACGACCAGGGGGGUUUAGAGGGUGAGACAGUGGGCGGACCCCUGACCACCCCCCUGUCUGACGGUCCAAGCCCCAUCCUCCCCAUCACUCAGCCCCCACACCCAGAUAUCAACAACCUGCGCUCACGAAUGAUCACGCGGAGCUACAGUAUUGAUAAGUCUCCGUGCUCCAGUAACGCAGCAUCCCCUCUCUCUCAGAGGAAGGACUUUAACCGCUCCGAGUCACUGCGAGUCGUCUCCAAUAGUCGAAUGCACCGGAUCUUCCGGCCUUCAGACCUCAUCCAUGGAGAGGUGCUCGGAAAAGGCUGCUUUGGACAGGCCAUCAAGGUGACCCACAGAGAGACAGGGGAGGUGAUGGUGAUGAAGGAGCUGAUUCGUUUUGAUGACGAGACACAGAGGACAUUCCUAAAAGAGGUGAAGGUGAUGCGUUGUCUGGAGCACCCCAACGUGCUGAAGUUCAUCGGUGUCCUUUACAAAGAUAAGAGACUCAACUUCAUCGCAGAGUACAUCAAAGGAGGAACCCUGAGGGAGACAAUCAAGAAAAUGGACACCAACUACCCAUGGAACCAGAGAGUGAGCUUUGCUAAAGACAUCGCUGCAGGAAUGUCAUAUCUGCAUUCCGUGAACAUAAUCCACCGCGACCUGAACUCAUACAACUGUCUUGUCAGAGAGAAUAACAGUGUGGUAGUGGCAGACUUUGGGCUGGUGUUGUUAGUAUUGUGUUGUACUAGAUGUAACUCUGUCUGCUCUGUUUGUCCCCUCUCUGUCUCCCUGCAGAAUAACAGUGUGGUAGUGGCAGACUUUGGGCUGGUGUUGUUAGUAUUGUGUUGUACUAGAUGUAACUCUGUCUGCUCUGUUUGUCCCCUCUCUGUCUCCCUGCAGAAUAACAGUGUGGUAGUGGCAGACUUUGGGCUGGUGUUGUUAGUAUUGUGUUGUACUAGAUGUAACUCUGUCUGCUCUGUUUGUCCCCUCUCUGUCUCCCUGCAGAAUAACAGUGUGGUGGUGGCAGACUUUGGGCUGGUGUUGUUAGUAUUGUGUUGUACUAGAUGUAACUCUGUCUGCUCUGUUUGUCACCUCUCUGUCUCCCUGCAGAAUAACAGUGUGGUGGUGGCAGACUUUGGGCUGGCUCGGCUGAUGGUGGAAGACAAGAUCCAGGACAAGAGUCUCCUGCAGAAGAAACCUGACCGCAGGAAGAGAUACACGGUAGUGGGCAAUCCCUACUGGAUGGCCCCGGAGAUGAUCCACGGGAAAAGCUAUGAUGAAAAAGUGGACAUCUUUUCCUUCGGGAUCAUGCUUUGUGAGAUCAUCGGUAGGGUGAAUGCAGACCCAGACUACUUGCCCAGGGCCCAUGACUUUGGGCUGAAUGUGACAGGCUUCUUAGAGCACUUCUGUCCUCCAGACUGUCCCCCAGCCUUCUUCCCUAUGGCUGCCCUCUGCUGUGACCUGGAUGCUGAGAAACGCCCCGCCUUCAUCAAGCUGGAGGGGUGGCUGGAGAACCUGAAGAUGCACCUGGAGAUCCGCCUGCCGGUGGUGUCCGAGCUCGACACGCUACACAAAGCGUUUUGGGGAAACCACACCGCCCCCACCAUGGCUUGCACCGCCAUGCGGUCCGAGAACGGCCUGCCCCCACACCCCGAGACUCCGGAGUAGAUGGGAUCUGUAACAGAGUGGAAUGCUGCUGGUCUCAGCCCAUGAGAGAGGGGGUUAUGGUGGUCAUUGAGGAGGGUAGUAGAGCCUCUGGCAAUGGAGUAGUUGCAUUGCAUUGUCCGGGGAGGGGUGAGGCAAGAGCUCUGUACGUACCUCCUCAUGCCACAGCAGUCACAGUGGUCAUAUAGGCUAACAGUGAGCUGUCGAUGGGCUGUAUAGACUCAGGGGGAACCGAGGAAGGGAAAAGCCAGCCUUGCCUAAAGGCACUCACUCAUUCAACUCCAACCAAGAGAGACUCACUCAGACUACCAUUACCACUAUCAUAGCUUCAGUCUCAUGAUUGCUGUACCUUAGCUGAAUGUCAGGCUGGCAACUGCUAGCUAGCAGUAUCAGUCAAUCCCAGCUGUAAAAACAUCCAUUUUAACACUCAUGUCAUCUUUAUCUUAUUGAGAUGGUGUUCAAGCAUUUUCAGAUGUCACUUUUAAAAAAAAGAUGCUUCAGCCUCAUUGGUAGGGGUCCCUCCUCCAGAGUAUUUGUACAAUAUCAUGUGUUUGAAAAGUAUUCCUCUGUGUGACUUUGGUUUGAUUUAAUUUGAUGAUAUCAAAACCACUUUUUGAAAUGCUAAAGGAGGGGCCUUUUAUGUGGAUAAUACGAAACACAUAAGUUGAGACGCACAGGCAGAUGUACAAUAUAAUAGAGCAAACGCUUUUGAGCAUAAACAAAAAGCUUUUUAAACACUGCAUGACUGUAAAUAGCCCUGUCUGUGUCCAGUAAGCCUUGUCUGUUGUCUCCUCCCCUCCCCCUCUACUGGUGACAGUUGUGUCACAAAUGGCAUCCUGUUCCCUUUAUAGUGCACUGCUUAAGACCAGUUGCUAAAGCGUAUUACCAAAGUAGUGCACUAUAGGGUGCCAUUUGGGAUGCAUUCUUAAAGUGAUGCCCCUGGUAGUGUAGAACAUAUGGUCCAUGAAUGACUAUUCCUUCUCUCACUGUGCAGCACUGACUUGACUUUGAGGUAAACUUCUUUCACACCUUUGAUACAUUUUUCCAUUUCAUAUGUUUAUUACUCUCUCUUUCCUUCUCAUUCACAUCCAGGUGAAAUCUUAUGUAUUCAAACUCAACCCACCCAAUGUAUAUAGCCGGUGAUAAUAUCAUAUUGUAAAUGUUUUAAAUAUUCUAAAUGUACAGACAUAUUUUGUAUACUUAUAAUGUAUGCUACAUUGCCAUAUUUUUAUUGGGCUACCUGUUGAAUGAAGGAGAAUAAGAAAAGUUAGGCAGUGGUAGCUGAUAUGGAGCAGAUAACUUUCGACAGGGAUGAUGACUUCCUGUCGAUGUGAUGUGAUGUGUCCCAUUUACUCCUGUCGUCUCCUCUCUGCAUAUCAAGUUGUUUUGUUUACAGCAGCCUUUGAUCUGGUCUAGACUCCAGAGAGUGCCCUGACAAUGACCUUGAAUAUAACUACUCUGUGGGUAUCGCCUCAAUUGAAUGCAACCAUAACAAGAGAAUCAACACAGAGUCACAAAAUGAAGGUUAUGUAGUUUGGCAUUAUAUGCCAAGCCACAUUUACCGUUUAUUCCUCUCAAAAGAAAUUGAGGAUAAUUUGUUAGUUGUUACUAUAGAGUUCUUUAGUCAUCCAUAGCAGGGUGGAUGUGUUGUGGAAGUUGGAGACAGCCAGACAGUCACAUCAUAGUGUCUCUCUGACCACAAGCCUCUCUCAGUCCUACAGUACAUGGAGACAAACUUAGUCACAACACAAGUCUCCUCUACAUGGAACUCCCUAUGGGAGGCCCUCUGUUUACACACAAACUACUGGCUGUAAAUAAUAUCUAUAUUGUAUGUCUGUUGUUAUGCAUCUCAUACUACACUCUCUUGAAAAUAAUCUCUCACUGUAUGUGAAUCUUUCUCUUGAACACAUUGUCACUCUCAUUCUCUCACGCGUGUUCUUUUUCCAUCAAACAUUUUCUCUAUUCCCUCUUUUCCACUUGAAGAUGAGCUGCAUGGUGUACUUGCUAUUGCGAUCACUUCUGCUGUAUAACCAGGCUAUUCUUUUCAUUUUAAAGCUAAAAUUGUGAUUAAAAGGAAAGAAAGAAAGAGUCAGGAAAGAGUGUACAGACAGAGACAGGAAAGAGUGUACAGACAGAGACAGGAAAGAGUGUACAGACUGAGACAGGAAAGAGUGUACAGACAGAGAAAGGAAAGGGUGUACAGACAGAGAAAGGAAAGAGUGUACAUACAGAGAAAGGAAAGAGUGUACAGACAGAGACAGGAAAGAGUGUACAGACAGAGAAAGGAAAGAGUGUACAGACAGAGAAAGGAAAGAGUGUACAGACAGAGACAGGAAAGAGUGUACAGACAGAGAAAGGAAAGAGUGUACAGACAGAGACAGGAAAAAUGACAAAAGACAUUUUAAAAAACACAGCAUCUCUUUUUAUAUAUAAUGACUGAAAUCUUUUUGUAUAGAUUUGAGUACUUUGAUUUGCACUUUCAAUUUUGGGUUACUUGUGAUAAAGAACUAAAAUGACGGUUGAUAAUAUGAAUGCAAGUCACUGAUGGAGCCUUUCAAUUAAAUUGUAAACGUGUCCUGGGAAAUUCUUCCUUCUUUGUAGCAAACCAGAGUUAGGUGGCCAUUCUGAUGCCUGCAGGUAUUUAUUAUUAGAUAACUAUGUCACAGUAUGUCUGUGUCUAACUUGGUUCUCAUUUCAGACAUAUCCUCAACUUUAAAAACAUGGUACAUGCGACAUUGAGGGGUUCAAAAGAGAUACCUCCCAGCCCUACCUUCUAAUUGUCUAAACUAUUCAGCCUAGUUAUUUCAAAUUCUUCUAGUUUGCUACAGAGGGGAUGAGAUAACCAUGGUCUGUCUACUGCCUAUAGACCGAUCCUUUGUGAAUGAAGUUCUGUGUCUUCUUGACUGUUUCACCUUACGGUGAUGUCCAGAGAGGGUUAAACCACUGUUAGUCUGUCAUCAAAAGAGAGCACUUGUACGGUGCCUUUUUCACAUUAUUGUGCCAACCCGAACAGUAUUGAGCUGGCUAGAUAUCUUCCUUUCCAAAACGAUUCCAGAAACUAGGCUGGAUGUGAAACAAGGCCAGUGUAGUACACAUCUGUUUGCCUUGUCAUGGAAUCGGCUCAGUUGUGUGAAAAGGGUAUACUUACUGGCCUAUUCAAUCACCAAAAUCACAGUAGUACAAUAAGCCUCCAAUGAGCAUGCAGUCCUCUACCUACCUGUCAAUGUAUAAAUCAGUACAGAAAAUAUCUCUCUUAUGCACAUCUUCUGCUAAUGUGUUUAUCAAUGGGCAUGUAUGGGAAUUCAAUUGAAGUAUGUAUGGGACUUUGCCAUGUUUGUAAAUAUGUAUCACCAUGUAUGUCAAAGCCACAUUGUCAAGCAUGUGUAUGGAUGUAUGGAUGAGAAUGUGUCAGCAGCACUUCUUUGCAAAGUAUCCUUACCGCUGAACAAUAUGCUGUGCCUUUGUUUUAAAGCUAGCCUUGCCAACGACUCGACUCGAAACGCGUUUGUUUGAACUUAUUUUUUGUGUAAAAUUCAACCCUGAUGAUAAUGAAUGGAUUUAACAUCCUUGCUGAUCUUUUGUUUUAUUAUGAGAUUUUCCUCUUGUUGUAUAUCAUAUUUAUAUUUUCCAUAUUUCUCCAUUUUUGAUAUCUUAGGGAUUAUGGUUCAUUUUAUUUUCCUUUUAUUUAAAAAACAAAAACAACACAAGCUGUGAACCUUUCUGCACUUUAAUCCUGAACGUGAACAUUGAGAACCCUAGGAGACCACUGUAUUUCAUCACAGCUGGAAUAAACGUGUUGCUCCUUUAAUGAAA